AUGUCCUGCCUAGCCCUCUCUCUCCAACCCGCCAAUGGAUCCGAUAUCCUGCUCCAAACCCGAGAAUGGUUCCCGCCGGCCCGAGCUCUCGUCGCCGUCUCCUCCUUCCGCCAAACCCGCCUAGCCUUCGCCGCCGCCAAACAACAACUCCACACCCCAAAAGACCAGCAACACAACAACUCGGAAUCUUCCUCCUCCGACGCCACCGCCGACUCCAUCGCAUCCCUCGGUGACGACCCACUCGCCGCCUCCAGCGGCCAGCUCAUCGUUGGCGUCGAAUCUCGGUACCGAGUCGUCUACCGCCUCGUCAACUCCAUCUACGUCCUCGGCGUCACCACCGCAGAUCAUGACAACUCGAUCAACGUCUUCGAGUGCAUCCACAUCGUCAACCAAGCCGUCAGCGUCAUCGUCACCGCUUGCCGUGGUGUCGAUGUUACUCCGGAGAAGCUGGGUCGAAAGUAUGCCGAGAUCUACAUGGCUCUCGACAUUGUUCUGAGAGGUGUCAGCAAUAUUCGAUUGGCGGCGAUGCUUUCGUCGAUGCACGGUGACGGCAUUGCGAAGAUGGUGCACUCGGCCUUGGAUACUGAGAACAAGAUUCGUGGGGCGGAGAAUUGGAGAGCUGUUGAGGCGCAUUCCGUCGAACACGAGGUGGGCAUUGAGGCGUUCAACAAUUUGGGGUUUGAAUUGCCGCCGGAGACAAUAGCUGCUGGAGAUGAGGUGGCGGCGAGCUUGGCGCCGGUGGUGCAGAGUGAGGAGAAGGAUCUGAAGUUAGAGAAUGAGGAAGAGAGUAAAGUAGAGAAAGACCCAUUUGCUGCGAGUGAAAAGAUUAAUCAGCCUGAAGAGUUGGUGAGUGGGUUCAAGAAGAAUAAGGAUCCUUCGGCCACGGACUUAACACUGGCGUUGGCGACACUGGAAGUGACGACAUUGCCCCCGGCAGAGGCGACCCAGUCUACUCAUAUUGCUGUUGAAGGGUUUGAAGGGGAGUAUGGUGGGAUUGAAUUUGGGCAUGACCAGGCUUCUUUGGGUGAGACUUUUGAAGGGUUUAGUGAUGCUUGGGGUGGUGGGCUGGAUGCUUCCGAGUUUGUUGGAACAAAGAAGGUUGCGAAGAAGGAAGGGCUUGGCGGGCUUGAGUUGUUGCAGACUGGGCCAGAUGCUCCGAAAACUGCUGAUGCGGCUGCAGGUGGUGCGGCAGCAGGCAGUCCUCUUGAUACCCUUGUGAAAAGUGAAAUGAAGGGUCCUGAGAUGCACAUUGUGGAAGAGAUCAGUGCUGAGUUUAGAGAGUCAUUGCUUGCUAGAGUAGGAUUAAUGGGUGUUGUUUAUUUGAAAACUUUGCCAACCAAGACUAGUGGUGAUAAAGAAACCGAGUUUUCAUUCCGGGUUGAGGGAACCAGUGCGGUUAAGAGGUUUAUUAUGCAGAGUUCUCGAGUUAGUAGUCUAGGCAAUGGGAUGUUUCAUGUAAGGACCGCAGCCUCAGAUGAGCCUUUACCCGUCUUGAAGUAUAGUCUGCUGCCUAGGUUGACACCAUUGCCCUUGAGGGUUCGCCUUGUGCAACGCCAUACAGGGAGCUUACUUUCUGUGAUGAUACAAUAUGUGUCAAAUCCUGAGCUGCCAGCGCCUUUGACUGAUGUGACAUUUGUUUUGAAACUCCCCCUUGAUCCUACAUUGUUGAAGGUGUCCCCGAAAGCUGUAUUAAGUAGGUCUGAGAAAGAACUGAAAUGGCAUGUCCCUGAGAUUCCGUUGAAUGGAUCUCCGGGUAGGUUGAGAGCAAGGAUGCCUGUGGAUUCUAAUGAAGGAGAUGGCAGUGAGGACAUUGAAGUUAUUGCCCAUGUGAAAUUUUCUUGGCAAGGAAACAGAUCAUUGUCCGGAGUUUGUUUGCGACCGGCUUCCGAGGGUAAUACAGAUUUUUAUGAGGUUAAUCACAGGUAUGAGAGUGGGGUAUAUAUGUGCAAUUGA